CUGUAGUCUGUACCUAUUUUACAUUCUUACACAUUAUUUUACCUGUUGCUUCGAGAGCUAAAGUGAAAGUGUGUGUAUGGCAUACAAAUUGUAGUACAAUCGUUCAAUAUUUGAUCGUCAGUCAUUAACACACUGCACUAUGAGCAAUAAGUCGAUUGUCGUAAUAAUACUCUUAGUGUCAAUACUGAUCAACUUUUCCGACAGUGUUGUGAAACGAUGUUUCAGCUGCCGUUCCCGUGGAGAUUUAGGAAGCUGUAAGGAUCGAUUUAAGUACACCAACCUCACACAGGUCAGCUUAGAAUCCGGUAUAGGAGUGGAAGCUGUGCCGUGUGCCUCGGGAUGGUGUGGGAAAAUAAUUGAGACACGAAAUUCUGAUGCCAAAGAACAAGAAUUCGAUACGGCAACACAAAGGACGUGUUUGCAGAGAGGACCUUCAGAUGGAGAAGAACGUUGCGAUGACACCAUGUGGGAGUAUAAAAAAGUUUUUAUGUGUUUUUGUCAUGGCGACCUCUGUAACAAUGCACCAUCAGCUUCGAAAAGUUAUAACUUCAUCUAUAUUCUUACAUUAACUUUUGGUAUCCCUUUUAUACUUACUCAAUUGCUCAUUUCAUAGGUAUUUUAACAAUAAAUAAGUGAUUUUCAAAAUUAAUUUGUAAAAUAUAAAAAAAAAAUAUUGUGUGUAAAUAUUGACUAUUGUAUCUAUAAAAAAUUUUUUUUAUCAAAAUAAAAAAUAUAUCUUUAAAUCGUAGGUA